AUGGGAGACAUGAAGAAGAGGAAGACGGAUACGGAGAUGGUAGAGAAGGUAGAUAGAAGAGAAUCAGGAUCCGCUGGUUUCGCAGAGCUACGCGACGAUCUCUUCCGUGAAGCAGCAAAACUCGUCUCCGAGGAUCCUUCCACCCGAAUCGCGAUCUUCGUCACUCCUCCUCCCUCCGAGUCGGACGUCUCUAUACAGACCUUCGGCUAUCCCUCUGCGGAAUCCGUGGUUCAAACUUUUCUCGAGGAUAAGAGUCCUGUUCCGGUGGCGCCAGAGGAUGCUGAACAAAAUGCGGAGGCGGAGGAUGAUGAGUCGGAGGAUCCGCCGCGUCAACAGUUCUGGUGGGAAGAUGACAAGCUAUGCGAUUCGAUGAAUCCGGAGCAAUUGAAAGCCGCGGCUGAGAAGUUGAUGAGGCUGAGGAACCAUCUCAGACUCCAAUUGGAAUCCAGGGAAAGAGCUCAAGUUUCUGGGAAUCAGGAGGAUCUUCACGACGAUAAAGCUGGACCCAAACCAUAA